GAGGAAGGAGAAGGCAGAUAAACCCGCUCACAAGACCAAGAAACCCGAUCGCCCCAAACACCGGGGCUCGGGUUCAUCUGUUUUUGCGGUACCAUCUGCCACCACGGUACUGAUCCCUUCGGGACCGGCCCUGCAACUUACUAUACAGGUAACACCGCCGGGAUCCCCCAGGCCUUUCAUUCGGCCUGAGAGCGUGCCAACCCAACAAGUGGAGGAGCCGCUUCGGGAGUCUAUCUCUGAUGGUGAGAUUAGAGACUCCCCACCGAGGGAACGGUCUCCGACUCCAAUGCCCACGACUGAGCCACCUGUGGAGUCACCUUCACCUCCAAGGCACUGCAGCCGCUCGUCCGAACACCGGGGUGACGACUGGAGGAUGCGCAAAUAUGGUGCCUUCCCAGACUGGGGUGGCUAUCAAUCUUAUUCGUACUACCCUCGGGAUUGUGCGUCUCCCAUCGGCCCCGAGAGAUUCGCCUUCGACGGCCAGGCAUGUGGAGGGGGGACAUCCAACCUCCCCAGAAACGUCGUCUUUGAGCGACCAUCCACUUUAUUAUUCAGAUUCGGACGAAUCCGAGGUUGACUCUACAUCCCCCGAUGUAGCAGUCGCCUCCCAAGGACCAGCAUCGCCCGAUGAGCCACAUGUCUCCUUUACGGAGCUCAUGUCCCGCCUCGUCCGUUUACCAGAGAUUGAGGCUAGUCAACAGCCAGGCCCAUCCACGGAUCACUUCUUUGAUGUCGUGAGGGGAGAACAGUCCGCGGCCAUAGUCCUGCCGCUUAUUACCACACUUUGGCAGGCUAUGGUCCAACCCUGGGAUCAACCGGCCCAACCGCAAGCGACCGCCCAUCGGUAUGAGGCCAUGUACAGAGUUCUGGAGGACGACAUUCCAUUCCUGAUUCACCAUCCACACCCGAACUCUGUUGUCGUCGAAUCCUUCCAGGGCAGGGAGCCCAGGGAACACAUAGCCCCUUGCGACAAGGAAGGGAGGAAGAUCGAUAUGCUCGCCCACCGAGUCUAUGCGGCCUCUGGACUUGGCGUGCGCAUAUCGAAUUAUGAAGCAACACUGGCACGUUAUCAGUAUUUUAUUAUGCAAAAACUGGAUAAUGUUGCUUCCUCCCUUCCAGACCGCCAAGCCGAGCUUGCCAGGGUAUUCAUCAAGGAAGCUAUGCAGGUAGCAGUGCAGCAAUUAUCUACCACAUGACAUCACGUAGAUACCAAUUCGAGAGCUCUCGUGAAUGCCAUCUCGCUGCGCCGACAUGCAUGGCUUCAUAAUUGCAAUUUCCCCGACGAGAUGAAACGGAGGAUCGAGGAAAUGCCAUUCGACGGUACCAGGUUAUUCCAUCAGAAAACCGACCGCAAGUUAAAAGCGAUACACGAAUCGCGUAUGACCGCGUGCUGCAUGGAGCUUCCUCACCAGAGGCCUCGUUCCUCUUACCAUCCACAAUUCCACCCUCGGCAACACUACCAACAAAGACAGCAACGGCGAAGACAACAGCUGCAGCAACGUUUCCCCCAGGGCCGGCGGCGCUUCGACGCUGACAAACGUCCACGUUGACAGUCCGGGCGAACCAUUCUCUUUCUCCCCACACCACCUUUCUCUCUCCAUUUGGGAGUCCAUUACAUCUGAUAGGUGGGUGUUGUCUAUCAUUCAGUUUGGAUAUAGGAUAGAAUUCGAUGUCGUCCCUCCACCGUGUCUGAUUCGAUUUACAUCUUCUUCAUUGGUACUGUGCGAAGAAGUCUCUCAGUUGCUUCGCAAGGGCGCGAUUCGACAACUAUCCCGCUUGGAGGGAUUGCACAGAUUCUACUCCAGAUACUUCACAGUCCCGAAAAGAGGCGGUGGUCUUCGUCCGAUUUUGGACUUACGGAAUCUAAACAAAUACAUCAAAACAAAAAAGUUUUGGAUGACCACUUUACAGAGUAUUUUUCCGUUACUGAAGAGAGAGGAUUGGUUUGCCGCCUCAGAUUUGAAGGAUGCUUAUUUUCAUAUUGCUAUCCAUCCUUCACAUAGACGUUUCCUGCAUUUCACUGUUGGGCUCGACUUGUUCGAAUAUGCUGUGCUACCCUUUGGCCUGGCCACCGCACCUCGAGUUUUUAUGAAGUGUAUGGCACCAGUAUGUGCGCACUUACAGACAAGAGGAGUGCAAAUAUACCCAUAUUUAGAUGACUGGCUAAUUGUCUCCCAAACUAAACAAGGGCUUCUGUCUGCAAUACAUAUGACCUGCGCCUUGCUCGAUGAUCUUGGACUAUGUAUUAACCACGAAAAAUCAUCCCUUAUUCCCACGCAGGUCAUCGACUUUAUUGGGGCACGUCCCAACUCCACACGGGAAAGAGCUUUUCUCCCUCCGGACCGUCGCGCUACCUUAUGUGCCCACAUCCAUCGAAUCUGAACGGUAGGAACGGUUCCGGCUAUAUCCAUUCAGAGACUAUUGGGGCACAUGGCUGCUACAGUUGCCAUUGUCCCAUAUGCCAGACGACGGAUGCGGACCAUGCAGCUGUUUUUCAACACAUCGUUUUGCCCACAGCGAGAUUCUCCCAACAAACUGAUCUGAAUUCCAUCUAUGAUACUCAACACUAAUUUGGUGGACCAUUCCGAGCAACCUGUAUGUCGGUGUCCUGUUCCGAACACCUCAUCCAACGAAGACCCUGUAUACAGACGCGUCAUUACUGGGAUGGGGCGCAACAUGUGCGGACCUUUGGGUUCAGGGAACUUGGAACCGACGGGAAGCAAGGAAGCAUGUCAACGUCCUCGAACUACAGGUGAUUUUCAACGCCCUAAGGUCUUUUGAGACUGUCCUAUGCCAACAAGUUGUCCAGAUUGCAUCAGACAACAUACUGGCUGUCUUCUACAUCAACAAACAGGGCGUCACAAAAUCACCACCUUUAGCACGUCUCUCGAUGGCCAUUUGGGGCUGGUACAUACUGAGGGAUAUUAUGCUUCUAGCAGUCCACCUCGCAGGGACCGACAACACCGAAGCAGACAUGUUGAGCAGACAUACGUCAACAAUGCACGAAUGGGAGAUGGACAGACAAAUAUGCCACGACCUCUUCCAUCUGUGGGGCUAUCCGGACUUGGACUUGUUUGCCACUUGUGACAACAGAGUGUGUGCCCUAUACUGUUCCAGGGCAGGCAUAGGAUCGGGAUCGCUGGGAGAUACCCUUAUGAUCCCCUAGGACAACAUAGCCUUUUAUGCGUUUCCCCCAAUUCCACUUCUAACGAAAGUGAUAGUGAAGAUAUCUCAAGAAAAUGCCACAGGAAUAAUAAUAACUCCAUGGUGGCCGAGACAACCGUGGUUCGCCACCCUUCUUUGUCUAUCCAAAGGGACGUUUCUUUAUCUCCCGUCUUUUCCUCAGCUAUUAACGCAGCAAAACGGAGCGAUCCGACAUCCGGAUCUGACUGCCUUGAGGUUGACAGCAUGGCGGAUCACUUGAGUCAUUCUGCUGUGUCGGUACCGACGACAUCCAAACCUCUACCGGAAUGUAUUCACUCCACUGUACCGACGGCCCCCUAGGUCGGUUUCGAUGACAACUGCUUCGCUACCUGUGACUGUUGACCAGGAAAUUCAGGCGAUUCUCACAUCUGCUCUAAGACCGUCCACUCGUCGCUCUUAUGUGGCUAAAUGGAAGAGAUUUUCCUCCUUUGCAGCACGCCAUUCUUUUUCUCCUGGAAUGGCCUCAAUUGACAAUAUUUUACAAUUUCUCUUGGAACUUUAUCAUUUGGGACUGAAACUGUCAUCCAUUAACGUUUAUGUAGCCACUAUUUCACACUAUCGUGGUGCGCUUCAAGGUAUUUCAGUUUUCUCUCAACCUCUACUUCGACGUUUCCUUCGGGGGUUACACAACCUACAACCUUCUAUUCGCCCGCCUAUGCCAACCUGGAGCCUUCGGUCGUACUCCAAGCACUUACCAAAUCUCCGUUUGAGCCACUGGCGACCUACGCCUGGUGUCCUGGAAAACAGCUUUCCUCAUAGCGGUGACAUCAGCUCAGAGAGCAAGCAAACUUUCUGCUCUCCGCAUAGACCCUCCAUAUCUUAAUUUCCGUAAGGAAAAGGUCGUUCUUCGUAUGGAUUCUUCCUUUCUUCCUAAAGUGGCUACACCAUUCCACUUGAGUCAAGAUAUCAUUCUGCCAGCCUUCUUUCCAGCGCCAUUGAAUCCAAUAGAGCGGGCUCUACAUACCCUUGAUGUUCGCCACUGCCUGGCUUUCUAUCGCUCCCAUACGGAAUCCCUCCAUUGUAUGAACAGACUCUUUGUUAAGUACUCCGAACAUGACAAAGGACUUCCAGUCACACCUCAAAGGCUGUCGCACUGGAUCACUCAGACUAUUGUCCUGGCC